AUGAAGCUGUUCGACGCUUGUGCCGAGUUGCAUUGCGGCACUACUGCACUGCCAGUGCCAGCACAAGCUAGGAUACUGCACGAGACGUCGGCGCAUUGCUCACUGCCCGACCUGGCAGUAGCUGCAAGCCUCGAGCUCAUGCAAGAAGCUAAGAGAAGGCCAACCGGGACCGCAGCCUCACACAGCUCUAGUUCUUGGAACUGCCGAAUCAAUAUUUGUGAUACGCCUGUCAAAGCUGUGGACAUGUUAAUGCAGGAGAAUAUACAGCCAGUGGCCCCGAAGGAUGCGAAAGAACCGAUUCCUUUACACGGAGGAAAUUCGCGAUGCCUUCAUGAAGCAAUUCGCUCUAACGGUGGCUGA